AGUUCAUUCUGUCACUGACGGUCUUGUUCCUGCAACUUGAAGACGGUCGAUGAACGUUCUAGGCUUAGCAAUUGCCAAUGGCAAGCUGAGAGCUCUAGAGCACUUGGAAAUUACUUUUUAACUGAGCUCUAGCUAUUUAACACUUCCCUUGCGACCUACAGCAGAAAUUUAUUGCUGUUGGAGAUGGCUCCAUCUGAAGCGACUCCGCCUCGGACCAGUAUAAACGACGACCAGCAGACGCCAAGUGCUACUCCACUUCUCAUAGCACCUCCAGCUGACGAUAGGAACGCAAAACAAGUCACCCUGGGGUCCUCUGAGACUGUCAAACUCGAAGCUUUGGGUCCGAUGGUAGUGAACGGUGAUGGGACUUUAUCGAGGAUCGCUAACUGGGAGACCAUGACAGAAAAGGAGAAAGUGAGAACUAUUCGUGUCGUUGCAGCUCGGAACAGGUGUGUUAUGAUUUGUUUUGGAAGCGGAGAGCCGUCUAUGAGCAGCUGCUAACACUGCUUUACUUCAUCGAUAUAGAACUCGACUUGCAAAGCAAGCUGAUCAAAUCCAAUGAAACCAUGGCAUUCACUAGAAGAUGUUUGCUGGUGAAAUGGAAGGAUCACUCAUCCGAGUCGAUAUAUCUAGAACAGUUGCAACUAAAUACCUCAACAUUCCGACUCCAGAAAUCAGCUCUGAAACUUUUCCUCGAUCGCUUGUCAACCUUAACGUCAUGUUCAU